AUAGUAAAAAAUAAAUUCAAAACGUCUCACAUACACUGGGGUAAAUCUGAACCGUUGAUCAGUAGGUAAUCAACGGUGUACAAUGAAGCAAGGAGUCUCCGUAAAAUAAAAAACUAGCUCAAGCGCCUGGUGUUACUUUCGCUCAGAUAGAUAGAUAGAUAGGGAUCUCAACAACAACAGCAGCAGCAGCACAAACCCUAGAUUCGAUUUGAAGAAAAUGGCCUACGCUUCUCGCUUCCUCUCCAGAUCUAAGCAGCUACAAGGGAGUCUGGGCGUUUUGCAGCAGCAGCACAAUGCUAUUAUUCCCGUCCGCGCUUUUGCUAAGGAAGCUGCUCGUCCUACUUUUAAAGGAGAUGAGAUGUUGAAGGGCGUCUUUACGGAGAUCAAAAACAAGUUUCAGGCUGCUGUUGAUAUUCUCCGUAAGGAAAAGAUCACCCUUGCUCCUGAGGACCCAGCUGCUGUUAAACAGUAUGCAAAUGUCAUGAAGACCAUCAGGCAAAAGGCAGACAUGUUCUCCGAAUCUCAACGUAUUAAAUAUGAUAUUGAGAACGAGACUAAAGAGAUCCCAGAUGCUCGUGCUUACCUCUUGAAGUUGAAGGACAUCCGCACCAGGAGGGGUCUUACUGAUGAACUUGGUGCUGAGGCCAUGAUGUUCGAGGCUUUGGAGAAAGUUGAAAAGGAUAUCAAGAAGCCUCUCUUGAGAAGCGACAAGAAAGGAAUGGAUCUUUUGGUUGCAGAAUUCGAAAAAGGCAACAAAAAGCUUGGGAUUAGGAAAGAAGAUCUUCCCAAGUACGAGGAGAAUUUGGAGCUAAGCAUUGCCAAAGCACAGCUGGAUGAGCUGAAGAGUGAUGCUCUUGAAGCAAUGGAGUCUCAGAAAAAGAAGGAGGAAUUCAAGGAUGAGGAAAUGCCUGACGUGAAAUCGUUGGACAUCCGUAACUUUAUGUAAGAUUUGAUGAUCAUUUGAGAUUUGUUGCAAGGAAGGCAGAAGAAAGAUCUCUCUCUCUCUCUCUCUCAUGUGGAAGGGAAGAUCUUUGUUCCCUUUUGCUGUUUUUUGGUUUGGCGAGUAAUAAGGGGUCUCUCUCUCACCAUGGAUUUGAAAUACCAAAUGAUGUUUAACUUUCUCUGUGCUUAUUACACUUGAGAUUUGUUUAGACAGAAACGUGGUCUCCCAUGUUUUUGAUAAUGGUGAUAAAUGAAUUUCGAGGUACAUUUAAAUAA